AUGGCCGGUCCGAAUCUAGAGCUAGCCAAAUUCGGAAUGUACGUCUUCUUCCCGAUCCUCGUCAUGGUCCAUUAUGGGGACCCGGAUUGGUAUCACAAAUACGUCCUGCCCGACAGAUCUCAAUUCCUCAAACUAGAUAAGAUGGCACCCGUUGAGUAA